AUAAUUGAAACGCUCGAACCUGCUCAGACUCCGGCGGGAAGAGAGGCAGAAGCGCGAAGAUUACAAGUAGGAGAACUUAUGGAAAGUGAGCGAGAUAGAUAUUGGAUGGUUGAGAAUGACGGUAAUACGGAUGCAAUGAAAGCAUUUGUUGCAUCUUUAAAUGUAUCUUUAAAUUCAUUUUUUCUCAAUUUAUGA